AUCGAAAGCGCUUUGCCAGCCCUGCGACCGCUCCGCUCUCCACAGCACGGAAAACAGUCGGAAAAACACAUCAAAUUAGUGUUGUGUUUGUAGUUAAAUAACGAUUAUCCUCAUAACUCGCCCACACCAGCCAUGCAGUCCACGCUUCGACAUGUUGUGUCGGCAGUAGCCAAGACUCCUCUGCGCACCAAUGCCGCCAUUCUAGGCGCCCUCAACGCCCGCUGCUACUCUAGCACGCACGAGGCAGACAUUGUGGUGAUCGGUUCCGGACCAGGUGGCUAUGUGGCCGCCAUCAAGGCCGCCCAGAUGGGCAUGAAGACAGUCAGUGUUGAGAAGGAGGCCACUUUGGGCGGCACCUGCCUUAAUGUUGGCUGCAUCCCCUCGAAAGCACUGCUGAACAACUCCCACUACUACCACAUGGCCCACUCAGGGGAUCUGGAGAGCCGCGGCAUCAACGUUGGCAGCGUUAGCCUUGAUCUGGAGAAGCUCAUGGGUCAGAAGGUGAACGCUGUGAAGGCCCUGACCGGCGGUAUUGCCAUGCUCUUCAAGAAGAACAAGGUCACACAGUUGACGGGCUUCGGCAGCAUUGUCAAUCCCAACGAGGUGGUGGUCAAGAAGUCCGACGGCUCCACGGAGACUGUCAAGACCAAGAACAUUCUCAUCGCCACCGGCUCGGAGGUUACCCCCUUCCCGGGCAUUGAAAUCGAUGAGGAGGUUAUUGUGAGCAGCACUGGCGCUCUAAAGCUCGCCAAGGUGCCCAAGCACAUGGUUGUGAUCGGCGCCGGCGUUAUUGGCCUCGAGCUGGGCUCGGUUUGGUCUCGUCUUGGCGCCGAGGUCACUGCCAUCGAGUUCAUGGACACCAUCGGAGGCGUGGGCAUCGACAACGAGGUCUCCAAGACCUUCCAGAAGGUGCUCACUAAGCAAGGCUUGAAGUUCAAGCUGGGCACCAAGGUGAUUGCCGCCUCGCGCAGCGGAGACGAUGUCACCGUGUCAGUGGAGAAUGCCAAAUCUGGCGAGAAGGAGGAAAUCCAGUGCGACGCCCUGCUGGUCAGUGUGGGCCGUCGUCCCUACACCGAGGGUCUGGGCCUGGAUGCCGUGGGCAUUGUGAAGGACGACCGCGGCAGGAUCCCCGUCAACGCCACCUUCCAGACUGUGGUGCCAAACAUCUACGCCAUCGGCGACUGCAUCCACGGACCCAUGCUGGCGCACAAGGCCGAGGAUGAGGGCCUCAUCACCAUCGAGGGCAUCAACGGCGGCAACGUGCACAUCGACUACAACUGCGUGCCCAGUGUGGUCUACACGCAUCCCGAGGUCGCGUGGGUGGGCAAGAGCGAGGAGCAGCUGAAGCAGGAGGGCGUUGCCUACAAGGUGGGCAAGUUCCCCUUCUUGGCCAACUCGCGCGCCAAGACCAACAACGAGACCGAUGGUUUCGUUAAGGUUCUGGCCGACAGUGCCACCGACAAGAUCCUGGGAACCCACAUCAUCGGACCCGCUGCCGGCGAGCUGAUCAAUGAGGCUGUGCUGGCUAUGGAAUACGGAGCUGCAGCCGAGGAUGUUGCCCGCGUUUGCCAUGCGCAUCCAACCUGUGCUGAGGCUUUACGUGAGGCCAACGUGGCGGCUGCCUUCGGCAAACCCAUCAAUUUCUAAGCACUUCCCUCCCAAUCCCUGCCAGCUUUUGGAGAAUUUUGCACCGCGUUUGAAAGUUUUGAAAAACCCCCCAAAUCGAUAAAUUAUCCUGACAGCCGAAACGAAAGUCUCCGCAUAUUUGUAACUCUCAAUGUAGGAACAGUAAAGUGGAAACUAUAAAUAUUGGUAAUGGCGCCAGGCGUUAAUUGCAAUGUAAUAUGUGUAUUAAGCUAGAAUAAAUACAACACAAUUUGAAAACUCGAAA